GGUUCCUCCUCCAUCCCGGCCGGAAGCGAAUGCUCCGGCAGCGAGAUUCAAACGCGAACUGCCGCGCUCUGUGGAGCUGGUGCUUGGAGGAUCUCAAAUUCUUGCAGAUUUCAGAAUGUCUGUCAGCAACUACGAGGAAAUUCUCAAGUACUAUGAAUUACAUGAAACAAUUGGAACGGGUGGUUUUGCAAAGGUAAAACUUGGAAGACAUCUUCUUACUGGUGAAAAAGUUGCAAUAAAAAUCAUGGACAAAGUUGCUUUAGGGGAUGACUUGCCUCGCGUUAAAACAGAAAUUGACGCCAUGAAGAACUUAAGUCAUCAACAUGUUUGCCGAUUGUAUCAUGUAAUAGAGACAUCAAAGAAAAUAUUCAUGGUCUUAGAGUACUGUCCUGGAGGGGAGCUGUUUGAUUACAUUGUUUCCAAGGACCGCCUUUCAGAAGAGGAAGCUCGAGCAUUUUUUCGACAGAUUGUUUCAGCAAUUGCUUAUGUUCACAGUCAGGGUUAUGCCCACAGAGACCUCAAACCAGAAAAUCUGCUGAUUGAUGAGGAACAUAAUUUGAAGCUGAUAGACUUUGGACUCUGUGCAAAGCCAAAGGGAGGCCUUGAUUACCGCCUGAACACGUGCUGUGGAAGCCCAGCUUAUGCAGCGCCAGAGCUAAUCCAGGGCAAAGCAUAUAUUGGCUCAGAGGCAGAUAUUUGGAGCAUGGGUGUACUGCUGUAUGCUCUGUUGUGUGGCUUUCUUCCUUUUGAUGAUGACAAUGUGAUGGCAGUCUACAGGAGGAUAACAAGAGGAAGAUACACUGUUCCAAAAUGGCUUUCACCUAGCAGUACGCUGCUACUUAGCCAACUGCUGCAGGUAGACCCAAAGAAGCGGAUUACAGUUAAACACCUGUUAAGUCACCCUUGGCUCAUGCAAGGUUAUUCUGAUGCUGUUCAGUGGCAAAGUAAAUACCCACUGGGACACCUUGAUGAAGACUGUGUAACAGAGCUUUCUGUGUUUCACAACCAGAGCAGAGAGAGUAUAUCAGCAUUAAUAUCAGAGUGGAAUUAUGACCAGAUGUCAGCAACGUAUCUCUUGCUCCAAUCCAAGAAGGUUCGUGGCAAGCGCAUUCACUUAAGAAUUCCGUCACAAACACGACAUGCCAGUACAACACAAUCAGCAAGCCCGGGGAAUCUCAACUUUUCUUUUCAGUCUGAAAAGGCUAUGACAUAUGAAGAUGUGCCAGACUGCAGCGAUGUGCCAUAUGCAUUUGGAUCCAUGGAAUUUUCUGAUGCAGCUUCACUGUUUGAAGAAUCUCCAUUAGAAGAAUUUAUUCUAAAUACUCACAGAACAAAGCAGCAUUCAAGGCAUGAUACUCAACUGGGUGAUAUGGAAUUCACACUGUCAACUCCAGUGACAAGAAAAGUGGCAUCUAAGAAGCAUGCAAACAAAGAGAAUGUUGAUGCAGAGUCAGCAUUAAGAAAUGAACUCCCCUUUGCGCUUCCUGCUCCAAAGGACCCCUUUGCAAAGAGUCAGACUGAGAAGCAAGUACAAGGCAUACCCUUUCAGGCACCUAUCUUCAAAGAGAACCAGUUGACAACAGUCACCCCAAUUAAGAACCCCAAAACACCAACAAAUACAUAUGAACUGACAGCAACUGAGGUUCUUCCUGAGAGAAGGUGUCAUUCUGUGGAUUUAGAUCUCAACCUAGCUCAUGUGGAUAGCAGCCAAAAGAAGAGAAAGGCCAAACUAUUUGGAAGUCUUGAAAGAGGCCUAGAUAAAGUGAUUACAAUGCUUACACCAGGUAAAAAGAAGCGAUUCACUAGAGAAGGGCCAAGAAAACUUAAGGCACACUAUAAUGUUACCAUGACUCAACUACUGAAUCCAGACCAACUGUUGAAUGAAAUAAUCUCUGUCCUUUCCAAGAAGCAAGUGGAAUAUAUUAAGAAGGGCUAUACCCUGAAAUGUCAAACAAAGCCAGGUUUUGGCAAAGAAUCUAUGAAGUUUGAGCUAGAAGUGUGUCGGCUCAGUAAACACGAAGCGAUUGGUAUCAGGAGACAGAGGCUUAGAGGUGACGCUUGGGUCUACAAGAGGCUGGUGGAGGACAUUUUAUCCAGCUGCCAAGUGUGACUGCUGCUGCAAAAGCCACAAUGUUGUACUGAGACUUUAAUCAUCAUUUUAGAAAAAUCAGUUUGGAAAGGUAAUUUGUGAUCUCCUUCGCAGUUGCAUUUGAGGAAUCUUAUCGGCUCUCAUAGUUUUAACCACCCCCUUUGUGUAUAUGCCCACUGCACAUUUUCUCUUUUUAUGAAAAUUGUCAACUUUUGCUACAUGUUCUGCAAUUGUAACUCAACUGAAAUAAAAUUCUUUAAACUA